UUUUGUACUCUUGCAACUUUAACCGAGGUACGCGGUUUACAAGGUUGCAUGCACAAAGUUGAAGGUGUUUCCUCUGCAGUUCCACUCUACAAAUGGCUUGGAUUAUUCACCCGCAUCUGCACGGGACUGGCGCCGCUCUGAUUCUGCUCGCAGUGAUUCUGACAGGUGAUGUGGUUGCACAGGUUUUUGACAGCUAUGGAUUAUCAUACGCUUUGAGGGCUGAGCUGUCAGAAGACACGAUAUUGGUUGCCAAUAAUGGGAUACGCGUGCCUUUCGGGAGAUCAGUCUUCAUUGAUCCCAUCAACGAUUUGGUUAUCCAAGUUCAGCCCGGUGAUAGAUGCAGCAUAACAGUCCUAGACAACGAUCCUUUGUCUCAAAGGCCUGGACACCUGUCUCCGAAAAAGUUUCCGUGUGAAUUUGGUCCCAAUGACGUGAAGUAUUCUCACUUUGGAUCUCGGAGUCCCCCGAAGGACAGAGUGAGGUUACAACUCAGGUACGACACGCAAACGGAUACAAUUAUAAUACCUUUUAUGAUGGAGGUGGAGGUAAUUUUCACACAGCUGGAGGUGCUGACGAAAAACAUGCCGCUCACUGUUGAAAAACUGCUCGGCACAAGUAAUCCCAUCGAUAGGAAAAUUUUAGAAUUCACCUAUGAUAGAAGUGCGCAUCAGUGCAAAAUAGCUUCCCUCUCCAGUGGCAAUGUGCUGCCCAGGUAUGGAAAACUUGUGGAUGAAGAGAGCCUCGGAACAAUGGUAGACUGUGAUGAGUUUAUUAAAAUGAACACCCGUUAUCAGCACACUUUCGCUUCGAAGUCACCUAACAGAGAUUACAUUCCGAUGGUUGUGGAAUUACAUGAUAAAGAAGGCAAUUUGCUCAAGCAGGAAUUUUUCCAGAUUCUGGUCAGAAUCAAAGAGGGAGAAGACAACAUACCUCCUAAACCCAGCUUUGUUGCCAUGAUGAUGAUGGAAGUAGAUCAGUUUGUAAUGACAGCAAUAACCACGGAUAUGCUGGCUGCAGAGGAUGUUGAGUCUAAUCCCGAUGAAUUAAUCUUCAAUAUUACAUCUCCCCUGUCCUUUGAGGAAGGCUACAUAGUAAGCACUGAUGAUAGGAAUUUGCCAAUAACCUCAUUUUACCAAGGAGACCUCAAAGAGCUGAAAAUCGCCUACAAGCCCCCUGCUGUGGAUUCGGACACUGAGAGGAUUUUCCAGAUUGAGUUUGAGGUUGUGGAUGGAGAGGGAGCUGUGUCAGAUCCUUUUGCUUUCAUGAUUGUUGUAAAGCCUAUGAACACGCUGGCCCCUGUGGUUACUAGGAAUACUGGACAAUUGCUGUAUGAGGGUCAGUCCAGGCCUCUGUCCAGUUCACAGAAUCUGGAAAUCAGUGAUGAGGAUAAUUUAGAGAAAGUCAAAAUGACUGUUAUUGAUGGCCUGAGGCAUGGUGAAUUGACUGUUCUGGGCUCCAGGAGGAAAUUUUUCACCCCAGCUGACCUUGAUGCUGGUGUAGUAAUUUAUCAACAUGAUGGCAGUGACACAUACAGUGAUAAUAUUGUUUUCAGAAUGACAGAUGGCACAAAUGAGGUGGAGUUUCUGUUUCCUAUUACUGUUGUGCCAACAGAUGACGAGCCUCCCAUUAUAAAUGCCAACACUGGUUUGGUUUUAUUCAAAAACCAAAUGAUGCCUAUCUCCUCGCUUAUGCUCAGUGCAGCAGACAUCGACUCAGAGGAUUCCACAAUUAAAUUCACAAUCGAGCCUCCUUUUUCCACACUGGGACAGGUGAUGCUGCGUCAGUCUGAGGCCCCAGAAGACCCAUCAACCUGGAAGUUUAAUACAGAGGACGAAAUGUAUGAGAAAGUAGUGACUGAAUGGCUGCAGCAGGAUAUUACUGAUGGUAAACUGUUUUACAAGCACAUUGGACCUCACAGUACCAGCACAAUCAUGGAUCAGUUUGUGUUUACGGUUCAAGAUGACAAUGACCCACCAAAUCAAUCAGGUCAAAGCUCAUUUGUCAUCAAAAUUCUCCCUAUUGACGACCUUCCACCUGAACUGUACCCUGGGGCGACGCUGCAAAUGACUGUGCAUGAGUAUCAGCUUACUUACUUCCGAAAGAAAUUCCUCCGUUACACUGACCUCGACUCAGACGAUCGUGAUCUCAAAUAUACAAUCGUGCAGCCGCCGACAGACACCGAUGAGAACAGCCCUGUUGUACUGGGAGCUUUGGUAUUGACUGAAAAUCCAAACACCGAAGUCACAACUUUCACUCAGGCUCAAAUCAAUCACCACAAAAUAGCUUACAAACCACCUGAUCUUGAGCUUGGAAUUAUCACUCAUGUUUUGCAGUUUAGAUACACUGUUGAGGAUGUUUCUGGGAAUACUGUAGAAGGGGUUUUCACUAUAUUUUUAAAGCCUGUGGACAACAAGCCGCCUCAAAUAAAGAACUCUGGAUUUACUGUGCUUGAGCGUGGCAGACAUAUCCUUACGAGUGCUGAGCUGGACACCUCUGACACAGACACGGAAAACAAAAAGAUAACCUUCACUUUAACUCAGCCACCACUGCAUGGUCAGGUCCAGUUUACAUUCAUUGAUAUGACCAAAGGAAAUGCUUUCAGUCUAGAGGAUAUUGCAAAUGGCUUAAUUUCAUACAUUCAUAAUGGAGAUGAAUCAACAGUGGAUUCCAUACAAAUAGAUGUCAGUGAUGGGGUGCACAUAGUCCCGAUUACUAUAAAGAUCAAUGUGAAGCCAAUUGAUGAUGAGGCUCCAACUAUAAGUCUUCCUGCUGGCACAAUUGGCUCCUACAUAGAUGUACUGGAAAAUGGAGCAACAGAAAUCACAAGUAAUGUCAUUCAAGGAAGAGAUGAGGACACAGAUGACCUCAGAUUAACCUUCAUAGUUGAAGACCCGCCGUCAUUGGGUGAAAUCUUGGUUAAAGGUGUUUCAUCGGGCACAUUCACCCAAGCUGAUAUUAUUAAUGGCUUUGUGGUCUAUGCUCACACAAGUGGGGAGAUAGGCUCAAGCACAAAGGAGGACUUUUUCAAUCUCACUUUGACAGACAUGUCUGAUGAGUGGACUGUGGGAGGAAAUAAGAUCACAGGUGUCAGAGUGCAUGUAACCAUUCUUCCUCUGGACAGCCAGGCUCCAGAGGUCUUUGUGGGGCCGCAGUUCACUGUUGUUGAGGGAGAGAAGAAUGUCAUUCAGAUUCUCCACAUAAGCGCAGAUGAUGUCGACACCCCCAACGAUGACCUUCUGUGUACAAUCAUCGUACAGCCGACUUCAGGGUAUGUGGAAAAUAUUUCCCCAGCCCCAGGCUCAGAGAAAUCCAGGUCUGGAACAGCUAUUAGUGCUUUCACCAUCAAGGACAUCAAACAGAAUCACAUUUAUUAUGUUCAAAGCAUUCACAAAGGAGUCGAGCCAGUAGAAGACAGGUUUACAUUCAGAUGCUCUGAUGGCAUCAAUUUCUCUGAAAGGCACUUUUUCCCCAUCUCCAUAAUCCCCUCUAAUGAUGAAAAGCCAGAGAUUUACAUGAGAGAGUUUGUGGUUAUGGAGGGCAUGAACAUAGUUAUUGACACUCCCAUUCUGAAUGGUGCUGAUGCAGAUCUCCCCUCUGAUCAACUGACAUUCAUCAUCACCAAACCCCCCAAGCAUGGAUUUAUUCUCAAUCAGCUCACUACUGGCACCGUCCCUGUGUCUAACUUUACCUUGGAUCAGAUCAGGGAGGCCUCCAGCUACGUGUACGAGCAUGAUGACUCAGAGACCACAGAGGACAGCUUUGAUAUUGUUCUUACAGAUGGAAAGUUCAGUGUGGAGAAAACAGUCAUUGUUAUGAUUAUCCCUGUGGACGACGAAACCCCAAGGAUGGCAAUCAAUGAUGGCCUUGAAAUAGAGAUAGGUGAUGUGAAAGUCAUUAACAGCGAUGUUUUAAAAGCUACUGAUCUGGACUCUGAGGAUAGCAUGCUAACAUAUAUAAUUCGAUACGGACCCGGUCAAGGGUAUUUGCAAAGAACGACGCCUUCGGGGAUGUUGCAAAAUAUCACAGUUGGAAUGAAUUUUACACAAAGCGAGGUGGAUCAGGGUCUGAUUGUGUACAUCCACAAUGGACAAGAGGGAAUUCGAGACCUCAUCAAGUUUGAUGUGACUGAUGGCAUCAACCCUUUGAUUGACAGAUACUUCUAUGUUACAAUUGGCAGCAUAGACAUGGUUUUCCCUGAUGUGGUCAGUAAAGGUGUAUCUCUUAAAGAGGGUGGCAGGGUUACUUUGACAACAGACCUCCUCAGUACCAGUGACCUCAACAGCCCAGAUGAACACUUAGUUUUCACAAUCACUCGAGCACCAGUGAGAGGACACCUGGAGUGCACAGACACACCUGGGAUGCCCAUCUCAUCCUUUACACAGCUCCAGCUGGCUGGCAACAAAAUCUACUACAUUCACACAUCGGAUGAUGAAGUGAAAAUGGAUAGCUUUGAAUUUGAAGUGACUGAUGGCUAUAAUCCCGUGUUCCGCACUUUCCGCAUCUCCAUCGCUGAUGUGGAUAAUAAAAAGCCUGUACUGACGGUACACAGUCUGGCAGUGACUGAGGGAGAAAACAAACUCAUCACACCUUUCGAGCUAACAGUUGAAGACAGGGACACCGUUGACCGUCUCUUGAAAUUCACAGUCACUCAGAUUCCAGUUCAUGGUCGCCUGCUCUUUAACAACACCCGGCCUGUCACCUCAUUCACAAAGCAGGACUUGAAUGAGAACUUGAUCAGCUACAGGCACGAUGGCACAGAGAGCACAGAGGACAGUUUCUCCUUCACUGUCACCGAUGGCACUCACACAGACUUCUAUGUCUUCCCCGAUACUGUAUUUGAGACCCGAAAGCCUCAAAUGAUGAAGAUUACCAUCCUCUCUGUGGAUAAUGGUGUACCACAGGUUCUGGUUAAUAAAGGUGCCCCAACACUGCGGGUUCUGGAAACAGGCCACUUAGGCUUUGUGAUCACUAGUAAGACCCUGAAAGCAGAGGACAGAGACAGCAUUCAGGAUUCUGUGACCUUUAGGAUUACUGUAGCCCCAGAACAUGGCUACCUUAUCAACCAUGCCAGAGGAAAUGCAACUAUCAACAGCUUCACACAAGCUGAAAUUGACGACAUGAGCAUAUGCUAUAUUCUGAGGGAUGGGGACAACGCGACAAACGACAUCUUUCAUUUCUCCAUUGAGGACAGUGGCGGCAACAAACUGAAGAACCAACAGUUCCGUCUGAACUGGGCUUGGAUCUCCUUAGAGAAACAACAUUACGUGGUGAACGAGGAGGCCAAGUUCCUGGAGGUGGUGCUGAAGCGUAGGGGCUACCUGGGAGAGACAUCAUUCAUCAGUAUUGGCACAAAGGAUGGCACUGCAGAAAAGGACAAAGAUUUCCGGGGAAAAUCUCAAAAACAGGUGCAGUUUAACCCAGGCCAGACCAGAGCCACCUGGAAGGUCAGGAUCCUGUCAGACGGGGAGUACGAAGUGUCCGAGACAUUUCAGAUUGUUUUGUCUGAGCCGGUGAUGGCAGCCCUUGAAUUCCCAGAGGUUGCUACUGUAGAGAUCCUGGACCCCGAUGAUGAGUCAACAGUGUUUAUACCCUCCGCCGUGUACAACAUAGAGGAAGACAUAGGUGAGCUGCUUAUCCCUGUACGCAGAAGCGGGGAUGUCAGCCAGGAGCUCAUGGUCAUAUGUUACACCCAGCAAGUUUCUGCAACAGGCACCAUCCCCACCACCGUGCUGUCCUACUCUGAUUACAUCUCCAGGCCUGAGGACCAUCACAGCAUCCUGCGCUUUGACAAGGGAGAGAUAGAAAAAUCCUGCCGCAUUGUCAUCAUCGACGACUCCCUGUACGAAGACGAGGAGAGCUUCAAUGUCACCCUCAGCAUGCCCAUGGGGGGCCGUCUGGGCUCCGAGUUUCCCACGGCGAGAAUCACAAUAAUUCCUGAUAUGGAUGAUGAACCCGUCUUCUACUUUGGCAACACAGACUACCACGUGGAUGAGAGUGAUGGCUACGUGGAGGUGCAGGUGUGGAGGACAGGGACUGAUCUUUCCAAAGGAGGAACUGUCACAGUGCGCUCCAGAAAGACAGAUCCUGUCUCAGCUGAAGCUGGUGUGGAUUACGUGGGGAUCAGCAGGAAUCUAGACUUUGCACCAGGGGUCACCAUGCAGACAGUUCGUGUGACAAUCCUGGAUGAUCUGGGUCAGCCAGUGCUGGAAGGGCCAGAGAAGUUUGAACUGGUACUACGGAUGCCAAUGAAUGGGAUCCUCGGGGAGCCAAGCAAGACUGCUAUCAUCAUCAACGACUCAGUUUCUGACUUGCCAAAGGUGCAGUUCCGUGAAGCUACGUAUGUGGGCAAUGAGAACUUGGGGCAGAUCUCAGCCACUGUAUACCGUAGCGGUGAUAUCAGUUACAAGUCCACAGUACGCUGUUACAGCAGACAGGGAACAGCACAGGUCAUGAUGGACUUCAAUGAGAGGCCUAACACAGACGCUUCUAUCAUCACCUUCUUACCAGGAGAAAUUGAAAAACCGUGUCUAUUGGUUUUGGUUGAUGACACUGAACAUGAGGAAGAGGAAGAGCUCCGUCUUGUUUUGGGAAGCCCUAAGAGUGACUCUCCAUUUGGAGCAUCCAUUGGAGAGCAAAAUGAAACACUCAUCAAGAUAAAAGAUGAUGGCGACAAGGCAAUUAUUAGUUUUGGAGAGACCAAAUUCAGUGUGACUGAGCCCAAGGAAAGUGGCCAAGUGUCUGUAGUAAGGAUCCCAGUGCUGCGUGCUGGAGACACAUCCAAGGUCUCUGUUGUCCGAGUUCACACCAAAGAUGGAUCUGCUACCUCUGGGGAGGACUACCAUCCCAUAUCUGAGGAAAUUAUUUUCAAACAAGGUGACAGAGACCAUUUUGUGGAGGUGGAGAUUUUAUAUGAUGGUGUAAGAGAAAUGAGGGAGGCGUUCACCGUGCAUCUGAAGCCUGAUGAGAACAUGGUAGCAGAGACAAAGAUGAGUAAAGCCAUAAUUUAUAUUGAGGAGACCAACAGCAUGGCAGAUGUGACGUUCCCCUCAGUGCCCAGAGUGGUGUCGUUGCUGCAUUACGAUGACCCUGAUGGAACCAGGGGCUCUCUGCCUGUGGCCGGAUACCCAGUCAUUUGUGUCACUGCCUGUAAUCCUAAGUACCUAGACUACGACAAAACAGGCUCCAUCUGUGUCAGCGAGAACAUCAACAACACCCUAACUCGGUAUCGUUGGCUCGUCAGCGCCCCCACUGGUCCAGACGGCGUUACCAGCCCGAUGAGGGAAGUUGACUUUGACACCUUCUUCACCUCGUCUAAAAUGAUAACUCUGGAUUCAGUCUAUUUCCAGGCUGGUUCUAGGGUUCAGUGUGCAGCAAGAGCUGUGAACUCUAACGGAGAUGAAGGUCUAGAACUCACUAGCCCCAUAGUAUCCAUCAGCACGGACGAGGGGAUGUGCCAGCCCCGUGUUGCAGGCACAGUGGGGGCCGAGCCCUUCUCUGCUAAGCUGCGAUACAGUGGAGCAGAAGACACAGACCACCCCAAUCUUAUCAAACUAACUGUCACCAUGCCUCACAUUGAUGGUAUGUUGCCUGUAGUAUCUACACGGCCUCUGUCAAACUUUGAGCUGACGCUUAGCCCCGACGGUACCCGUGUUGGGCACCAUCGCUGUUCCAACUUGCUGGACUACACUGAGGUUAAGACUCGCUAUGGCUUCCUCUCUGAUGCCACCAAAAAUCCAGAAGUAAUUGGCGAGACUGCACCUUACCAGUACAGCACUUCCCUCAGGGGAUCCAGCACACUACGAUUCUACAGAAACCUUAACUUGGAGGCUUGUUUGUGGGAAUUCACAAGCUACUAUGACAUGUCUGAGCUGCUCAGCGACUGUGGAGGCACCAUCGGAACUGAUGGACAAGUGCUUAAUCUGGUCCAGUCCUUUGUGACCCUACGAGUCCCAUUACAUGUGUCAUAUGUCUUUCACUCCCCCGUGGGAGCGGGAGGAUGGCAGCACUUUGACUUACAGUCGGAGCUGAGGCUCACAUUUGUGUACGACACUGCCAUCUUAUGGAGAGAUGGAAUCGGUAGCCCGCCAGAGGCUGAACUACAAGGUGCCCUUUACCCAACCAGCAUGCGUAUAAAUAGUCAAGGACAACUAGUUGUCAACUUCCGCACAGAAGCUCGAUUCAGAGGCCUGUUUGUGUUUUCACAUCCAGCUUCACCACUCACCUCCAUGGUUAUGUGUCCUGAACACCCUGGUUUAACCUUUAACCUUAGCCUUGUCAGGACUGAGCCAACUUACAGCCAGCCUAUCCAGCAGUGGAUAUUCAUCUCUGAUUUUGCUGUGCGUGACUACUCUGGCAUGUACACAGUGAAGCUCAUCCCCUGUACGUCCCCUCCCAGCCUGGAGUACGCAGUCCCUCCUGUCUGCAAUCCCAGAGAGCCUCUCACCUUCGACCUGGAUAUCCGCUUUCAGCAGGUUAGUGAUCCAGUGGCUGCUGAGUUCAGUCUAAACACACAGAUGAUCUUACUUUCUAAACGGACACUCUGGCUCUCAGAUGGCUCCAUGGGCUUUGGACAAGAGAGUGACACUGCUUUCUCAGAGGGGGAUGCAGUUUAUGGGAGAGUGAUGGUGGAUCCAGUACAGAACUUGGGCAGCUCCUUUAUUUGUAACAUAGAAAAAGUGUUCCUGUGCACUGGAGCAGAUGGAUACGUCCCUAAAUAUAACCCGAGCAAUUUUGAGUUCGGCUGUCUGGCUGAUGCUCCAUCACUGCUUUACAGAUUCAAGAUUAUUGACAAGGCCCAGCCGGAGACCCAGGCUCGGGUGUUUGGUGAUGUACCUUUUAAUGCCUUCCUGGCAGUGGAUGACCCCGGUGCUUUAGCACUGGUGAGACAACCUGGUUCAGAUGGUUUCAGAAUGGAUUCUACAGCUCUUUUCCAGGUGGCUGCAGGAAGAGAGUGGUACAUACACACCAUCUACACUGUCAGGUCCAAGGACAAUGCUAACCGUGGCAUAGGGAAGAGAAGCCUGGAGUACCACGUGAUGAGUCAGCACGCUGAUUUGCUUCCCAAGAGUCAACAUCGCCUCAGAAGAUCAGCUAAUGAUGUCCUAGAUAUAGUAGAGGACAUUGGUGUGAGUAACAAUCGUGGCACAAACAUCCUGCACAUCACCCUGGACCGCAGUGGCCAACAGAGGACGAGCCCGGACAGGGAGAUCUUUACCAAAGGACACAUCCCUCGUGAGCUCAAAGAGAGGGACGGUGACGACAGCCUGGUUUUGAUGAUUGGUAUCUUUGUGGGGCUGCUACUUACCGUUCUAGUCAUGAUUGUGGUGGUGUUACUAGUUCGGUCCAAGCAAGAGAAGAAAGAAGUGCCCAGGAACUCCAGCAGCGCAGAGCCCAUGAUGACACAAAACAUCAGUGACAGCUCAGAGGUCUAACUGACAGACUGAAGAUUGAGAAAGUUAUUUUAUGUUGCAAGUGCCUCACAUUUACAUAAAAAAACUGAAGAUUGCGUGUGAAACAACACAAACUACAAGAGCUUUGAUUCUAUUCAGAAAUCUACUUGAAAUAUUGCAUCACUCCUCAUGCUGGAGAGUGGUAUGGACACUAGGAGAUGGACAGUGUUAGUAGCUGUUUUAAGGCACUUGUCAAGUUGUCACUUAUUGAUUGGCCUUUGAUGCCACUUGAUCCAAAAAGGUGUUAUUAAGUUUCCAAAGGUGCUACAGAAGAUGCCUCUUACCUUGAAUGGCGUUUGGUGUUUUGCUGAGUAGGUCUAGAGAGGCCGGAUAUUUUGCAUUUGCUGACACUGUCCACAGUACGCUUUCACUGGAAAAACCUGUCUGUUCUUACAGAGAAUGAUUCGAUUCUGUGUGUGCCUAAGAAGUCACAGGACUUUACGGUUUUAUGAUGUAAAAUGUGUGUCCUGUGUGUUCAGUAAAACGCUCAAUUGAAAAUCAUCCAAGUGAAUAUAAUUUUCUUGUGCUUAUGUUCUUGCAUGCAAUUAAUUUUUGUACUUUAGGAUUUUAAAAAAGUCUUACUGCUGAUUUAAACUGGCUUGUGGCAAAUGUGUCUGAUCUACUGUACUUCCACAUGUUUGUAUUUUACAGUAUAUCCCAUGAGAAACUGUAUUUAUCUAAUGGUUAUUGUUCUUCUCUUAGUUAACAUAUGACACUGAAUCAGAUAGGGGAACUUAAACAGUCCUCUUAAAAGAUCCUGUGGUGUUACAGCAGCUUUCGGGAUAGCUGAUCUGCAGUGUACAGUGUAGUGUAGUAAUGGUUUCACAUCCAUUAUUUUUAACAGGAACUACAUUCACAAAUGGUACGCUUAAAUUCUACUGUAAGUGUUGCCUACUGUAGCUUUGUAGAGCUUGCAAAAACCCUUUCUCAACAGGGCUACAUGUUGACUGUGCUUUUUUUUAAUGCUUUAUUUCACAUAAAGGGAAUGAAAUGUUUAAUCUGCAAUCAUUCUCUCUUUGAUUUUUGAUAUUUUGGUUUUAAAUAUAUUUAUUUUCCAAGUAUUGUUCUGUUGAUACAAAUCAAUCCUUUUCCGCCUUUGAUUUUGAUUCAUCAAAUCUUUUUUUCUCAAACGGUAUGACAUGCUUAUUAUUGUGAUAUUGCAGUAGAUAUUAACAGUUUGCAUUGAAAGAAAAAACACUAAAAACUUUAUCCAUGUUGCCAUAAAAUCUGAUUACCUCAUACUGCUGUGUAUCCUAUAAUAAACAUCAACUUCAUAAUCACUUUAUAAAUGUCAAGUUUGUUUGCCUUUUUUAUUAUUAUUUUGAAAUUGAAAACAAUUCUAUGCAACCUGUGAUAAAAUACCUUGAUGAAAUGUUUAUCCACAGUAUGAUUUUUUUGUUUUUCAGUGCACAUUUCGCUUGCUAAUCUAGGUUUGACACUGUAUCAAUGUACUGUGCUUCUUUUACUAUACUCUAAUACGCUGAGUGCAUUUGGAGCUUUUUAUGCACAUUGAUGUAUCUAUGUAUAUACACAUAUGUAUUACAUAUAAAUAUACCAUUUGGAUGUUUUGGGAACAGUUAUUGUUAAAAGACGCAUACUGUAUGUGCUGUAAGUAUUUGUAACAUAGACCAGGAAGACAACAUGGUCUGCAAAUAAAUAAUUUUUCA